AUGAAUCCGCCAAAAUUCGACAAAGUCGAGGAUAUGGCCGAUCUGACGUGCCUCAACGAGGCUUCCGUGCUGCACAACAUUAAAGACAGAUACUACUCUGGCUUGAUCUAUAUCAAUGAAAACUUCAUUCUAAGUGCGAGCGAAAAACGAAGCUCUGGAUCGGAUCUACUCAUGUCUAGACUGUUCGAAGUAUGCCAGUUUCUGGAGCGCGACGGACAACUAAUGAUUCUUCUGGUCUUUGAGCACCUGGAGCAGGAUUUGUCUGACCUCAUCGAACGCCUGCCCAAAUCAGGCAUGUCCCCCACCACAAUCCAGCGUCUGUCGCGGGAGCUCCUGACCGGCGUGGACUUUCUGCACUUGCAUCGCAUCAUCCACCGCGAUCUGAAACCGCAGAAUCUGCUAGUUUCCGCUCAGGGCCAUCUGAAGAUUGCCGAUUUUGGUCUGGCCAAAACAUACAACUCCGAAAUGAAGCUGACAUCAGUGGUUGUUACGCUGUGGUAUCGCGCUCCCGAGGUACUUCUUAUCCAGCCCUACAACAGUUCCGUGGAUCUCUGGAGUGCCGCCUGCAUAAUCUUUGAGAUGUUCAACCGGAAGGCUCUGUUCCCGUGCACAUCAGAGAAGAACCAGCUGGAUCGUAUAUUCGAGCUGACGGGCCGACCCACAGAUCAGCAAUGGCCCAAAACCAUCUCUGUGGCACGGGAGCAUUUCCCUCACCGCCUUCCCAAGCGGCCACGUGACUUUUGCCCCAACCUGUGCGAGUUCUCCGAUGACCUGUUGAAUCAAAUGCUGUCGUACGACAUAAACAUGCGCCCCUCGGCCCUGGAUUGCCUAGAGCACGAUUACUUCACGCAGGAGCCGCUUUAAGACAGGGCCACCGAUGGGUACAAUGGACAGAGCUCCCAGACGUAGUCGGGUGGAGUUCGUACGCAUUGGAUGGCCGCAACCAGUGUUUUGUUCUUGUCA